UGGUGGUCACACGCUACACGGCGUGUAUCCAUACCAUAGAAUAGAACCAAUUUUGAGUCUUAGCGGUAAGAGGAAGAAGAGUGUCUAUCCAAUCCAUGGCUGGCCUUUGAAACACAAACAUAUCAAAUAAAAAUGGCUGUAUCUCUAAACCCCAUCAUCAACUUCACCUCAACUAAGUUGGAAACAAAGUAUCAUGAUGCAUCGAGGUAUUCUGUUGGAGCAUCUUUCCCAAAGGCCACGCAGAAUACACCCUUCUUUGUAACAUCUACAACGAGAAUGUUUGUCAAGGAGAAAAGAUUUGGUAAAUGUUUUUCAGUUGCAAAUAGUGACCAGCUUUCAGCAGAUGCCAGUAAGAAGGAUAUCGACAGUGCUACAAAUUCACCUGUCAAUGAUCAGUUAAAAUCCACGAAUCCUCCAGAUGAAACUUCCAAAUUGCAAGCUCAGGUUAAUGCUGAGCAGACACCAGAGGGUUCCAAUGGAUCUGUAGCAUCUCCUAAGUCACAAUCUGUAACCACACGAUCAUCUCAGAAAGUGAGAGAGAGGAUAAAAGCGGCUCGAGUUCUCAACCAGUCUAAGGAACCAAAAAUAUCAAAACCAGAUAUAGGUAGUAGUGUGUUGGCUGCUUUUAGAGAAGGUGACAAAGGGAAGAAGAAAAGAAGAUCUGGACUUCCGGAAGCCCCUGGCAAUUUGUUUGACGAUAGAAAACGAGGGAUGCCAAAGGCAGGUUUAACUUUUGAAUUUCCUGGCGGUAAUGAUCUUUUUCUGAUUAUCUUUUCAUUUGUUUUCAUUAGCACAGUGAUGUUUGGAACAACUUUUAUUGUGUGGAAAGUUGGCGCAAUCCAUUUUAAUGACUCUUGAGAUGAGAUUUCAACAAUUCACCAUAUAUAUAGAAUAGCUGAUUAAUAUAUUUGGACAAGCUUCAGCUUCUUUAAACUUCAUGAACUGAUGUUAAUGUUGAGUUUUUUUUCAC